GCUACUUCCGGAUCCGGUGGCGACCGCUGGAAGGGCCGAGUGCCGCGACGCCAAGCUGCCUGGCGGGAGGGCUGGCUGACAGGCGUCCCGCGGGAGGGCUGGCUGACAGGCGUCCCGCGCGCGCGCCCGGCGAUGCCGGGGGGCGUUUCUGGGGUCGCGGAGCGCGAGGCGGAGGGCGACGCGGCGGGGGCCGUACCUGCGCCGCCCGCCAUCGACUUCCCCGCCGAGGGCUCGGACCCCAAGUAUGAUGAGUCUGAUGUUCCCGCAGAACUCCAGGUGCUGAAAGGGCCCCUGCAGCAGCCCACCUUCCCUUUUGCAGUUGCCAACCAACUCUUGCUGGUUUCUCUGCUGGAGCACCUGAGCCAUGUGCACGAGCCAAACCCACUUCGUUCCAGACAGGUGUUUAAAUUACUUUGUCAGACCUUUAUCAAAAUGGGGCUACUGUCGUCCUUCACCUGCAGCGAUGAGUUCAGCUCGUUGCGGCUACAUCACAACAGAGCUAUUACGCAUUUGAUGAGGUCAGCUAAGGAGAGAGUUCGCCAGGGUCCUUGUGAGGAUAAUUCUCAUAUCCAGAAGAUCAGAGCAAGGGAAGUAGCCUUUGAAGCACAGACCUCACGUUACUUAAAUGAAUUUGAAGAGCUAGCCGUCUUAGGAAAAGGUGGAUAUGGAAGAGUAUACAAGGUCAGGAAUAAAUUAGAUGGUCAGUACUAUGCAAUUAAAAAAAUCCUGAUUAAGGGUGCAACUAAAACAGAUUGCAUGAAGGUCCUGCGGGAGGUUAAGGUGCUGGCCGGUCUUCAGCAUCCUAAUAUCGUUGGCUAUCACACGGCCUGGAUAGAACACGUUCACGUGGCCCACAGGCAAGCAGAUAGACUUUCUCUCCAGUUGCCAUCCCUGGAAGUGAUCUCUGACCAGAAAGACCCGAGCGCUCAUUAUGAGGUUAAAAGUGAUGGAAGUAACAGCUCAUCCAUUAUUUUUGCCGAAUUGACCUCAGAAGAAGAAAAAUCCUUACGAGAACCUGGUGUUGAAGACAAUCAGAAUAAUGGAUUGGUGAACUACAGCUCCAGUGUAGUCGCCAGAGAUGCUGGUGACUUCGAAUCCUCACUUGAGCUCCGCGAAAGUGAUGUGACUGAUGGGUCUUCCAGACCCAUUGUUGGGCGUCGGCUGCCGCUUCGGCAUAGCUCUGACCCAGAGGAGAACUUCACAUCCACUGAGGAAUCUUCUGAAGAAAACCUCAACAUGUUGGGGCAGACAGAGGUGCAGUACCGCCUGAUGCUGCACAUCCAGAUGCAGCUCUGCGAGCUCUCGCUGUGGGACUGGAUCGCCGAGAGACACGGCCGGGGCCGGCAGAGUGCGGAGGAGUCCGCCUGUCAUCAUAAACAGGAAAAGUCUGAGACCAGAGGACCCUCAAGAGGCAUGACAACUAAUUGUAAUGUGGUGUCCUGGAUGGAGUCCUGGAACAGAAAAAGGACAUUAGGUCCUUAUGUUAUGGCCAGUGUUGCAACAAAAAUUUUUCAGGAAUUGGUGGAAGGUGUAUUUUACAUACAUAACAUGGGAAUUGUACACAGAGAUCUGAAGCCCAGAAAUAUUUUCCUUCAUGGCCCUGAUCAGCAAGUAAAAAUAGGAGACUUUGGCCUGGCCUGUGCAGACAUCAUCCAGAAGAACACAGACUGGGGUGGUGCAGAUGGGGCGAGGACGCCAACACACACCUCCAGAGUGGGUACGUGUCUGUACGCUUCCCCCGAACAACUGGAGGGAUCCGAGUAUGAUGCCAAGUCAGAUAUGUAUAGCUUGGGCGUGAUCCUGCUGGAGCUCUUUCAGCCAUUUGGGACAGAAAUGGAGCGAGCACACGUUUUAACAGGUUUGAGGACUGGACAGAUCCCCGAGGCCCUCAGUAAAAGGUGUCCCGUCCAAGCCAAGUACAUCCAGCACUUAACCAGAAAGAACUCAGCCCAGAGGCCAUCCGCCAUCCAGCUGCUGCAGAGCGAGCUCUUCCAAAACUCUGGAAACGUUAAUCUCACCCUACAGAUGAAGAUACUCGAGCAGGAGAAAGAAAUUCAGGAACUAAGGAAGCAGCUCAGUCUCCUGUCUCAGAACAAAGGGGUAAAGGGUGACAUGAGAGAUGGGGGCGUGCCCAUCUAGCCGCAAGGGCUCUAUAAACGGGAAAGUGGACUUGAACUCUGCUAACCGAAACAGUCAACUGGAGUGUGAAUUUUCCAUCUUUACUAGGACUUGAACUCUUCAAUCUAAACAGUCAACUGGAGUGUAAAUUUUCGAUCUUUACUAGGGUGUAGCUGGUGUAACUCUAACCUAAUGUAGAAAUCCUUUACAGGACUCAUCAAAGUGAGGUUCUGACAGUGCCUUCUAAGGCUGGCAUUUUGCACGAAGACAGCUUCAGACGAACCCUGCCCUCGUCUUUCCCUUCCGCCCUGUGUGCUCCUUUCCCUGGAUUUCUUACCUUAGUAUCCCCAUCCCUCCAGCCCUGACCGUGAAAUGCAGGCCUGCUCCUCAGCACUUGUGAGCGCUGCCUGCUGACCGCACCCUCCUCUAGAAUGUUCUGCCGCAGAGACGCGGCAUGCUCUGAACCUCUCUCUGCCGGAGCCCAGGCCCGUGUGCUCGCUGGGCUGUUGGGUGGACAGCUGCCGGCACCCCCACCUUCCACACUACUGCCUGACUCACGAGAUGUCAGCCGGCGGCAUGGUGCACGUCACCCAGCCUGCUCCUGUUCUCUUCACCUUUGCACGGGCAUCACCCCAAAACCCACCCCCUCAAAGCCCCCAAACCAUUGCCGGGCAGCUGUGCGCUCAGCGUCCCUGCCUUUGCUCUGCGUGGUUCCCACGGGCUUCCUCCUCACAGACCCGCGUCCCCCAAACCUACAUUCCUCAAGGCAGCGACGUGACAUUCAUGUUUGCGCCCCGACGUGCUCGCCGUGUUGCCGGCAGCUGUCAUGGUAUAUCGCACACAGUGUCCAUGGAUUUUAAAUAAAAUGAAAGCCACAAGUUAA